AUGUGUUACGUAGGGAAAGCAACAAAGAUCUUCAUUUUCAUUGUCACUGUACUUGUAAUUUUUGGUAUUGUCUUGGGAUUUGGUCUCAUACGCCACCACCUUCGUAAAUCACAUAAAUGCUCUGAUGAUGAUUGCCAACCCCCACAAUUAACCUUCCCUACUCCUACUACAACUGUGCCUACGGGGCAGACCCCUCCUACUCCAGUGGGCUUCUCCCAGCCCAGCCCUCCUGAUUCUGGGUCCAGCCCUCCACCACCUAGCCCACCGGACACUGGCACUAACCUACCGCCACCAACUCCUCCUCCUCCUCCUCCUCUUCUGCUGUCACCGCCGCCGCUCUCUCCACCACCUCCUGCUGUGCCUGCUAUAACUGGGGCGCCACCUCCGUCUAAUAAUCCACCAAGUAGUACUGUGUUGGUGACUCCAGAAGAAAUUGCUGAAAAGCUCUUCCUGAACUGGCUGAGAAGAAUUGGCUUGAAUGAGAAGCAGAGGCUAAAGGCAGAGCGUCAAGACUCAAAUCAGAGCUAUUCUCCAUCACCAGGAUUGAUCCUGCCUUAUGCUCCAGCAAUUUCAGCAGCAUUCGUAUCUGAAGAUCAAGCUUCUGGUAACAGGUUCAUGCCUUCCAGCAGCUACCUGGUGCUGCAAUGUGGCUCAUGA